UGCAUUCGCUACUUAUUCUCAUUCACUCGUUCGUUAAUCUUUUGCCGUGGUCGCGUUUUCGCAUGUAUUUUAUAUUUUAAAUGAAAUUGUUGGCAAAAGGUCACUGAAAACAGCAAAAAAAUAGUAGAGAACGGCUUACCAUGUUGCAAAGCAUUUAUUGCUUGUGCAUUGUACUUUAGAAACGUAAUAACAAAAAGGACGUAGUUUUUGGUCGUUGACGAAGCCAUUUGGUGCGUUUUACUGUUGAGACAGUUGCAAAUUAAAAGAUUCGCUCAACGAUCUAAAAAAUAAAAGCAAAAUUUGUCAGAAACCAACAAAACUAAUUUAAAAUCGGCCGAAGCUAUACAUGCGAAACUAAUUUACCGGAUAACUAACCGUGCGAUUGAUCCACCGAACGCCUCAGUUACUUUGCUCCCCGCGCACCAUUUAACACAGUAUGCACAAAAGUGAUGGGCGGUUUCCUGGAUAAGCCGAAAACAACUAAACAUAACGAUCAUGGCGAAGGCAAUAAACUCCUAUUUGGAGUUAGUUCAAUGCAAGGAUGGCGAUGCGAAAUGGAGGACGCAUACUACGCGCGUGCCGGUCUCGGAAGCGGUCUUGAAGAUUGGAGCUUCUUCGCCGUCUUUGAUGGACAUGCCGGUUGUAAAGUGUCUGAGCAUUGUGCCUCGCAUCUGCUUGAUAGUAUCGUUAGCACAGAUGAAUUUAAGAAUGGCGACCACGUGAAGGGCAUUCGGACCGGAUUUCUGCAUAUCGAUGAAGUGAUGCGAGAGUUGCCCGAAUUGACACAGGACGCUGAGAAAUGUGGCGGAACGACUGCAGUAUGUGCGUUUGUAUCGCCAACACAAGUUUAUAUUGCGAAUUGCGGCGAUUCGCGAGCAGUUCUAUGUAGACAGGGUGUACCUGUGUUUGCUACACAAGAUCACAAGCCCAUUUUACCCGAAGAAAAGUUGCGCAUACAUAAUGCAGGUGGAAGUGUUAUGAUUAAACGGGUCAACGGUACAUUGGCGGUUUCAAGGGCGCUCGGCGAUUAUGAUUUUAAAAAUGUAAAAGAAAAGGGACAAUGCGAACAACUAGUGUCUCCGGAACCUGAGAUCUUUUGCCAAAGUAGACAAGAUACAGAUGAGUUUUUAGUUUUAGCUUGUGACGGUAUAUGGGAUGUAAUGACUAAUGAAGAUGUAUGCAGUUUUGUCCAUUCGAGACUGAGAGUAACUAAUGAUUUAGUGAAUAUAGCAAAUCAAGUCGUUGAUACCUGCUUGCACAAGGGCAGCCGAGACAAUAUGAGCAUAAUAAUAAUCGCUUUCCCCGGGGCACCCAAACCAGCUGAUGAAGCUAUUGAGGCAGAAAAGCGAUUGGAGAAGCACAUCGAGAAACUGACAAGAGAUGAGAUAGAAUGCAAUGAAAUAACGCAGUACUUUGAUUUAUUGCAAGCACUGCAGAAUAAGGAUAUUGAGGGUCUUCCUCCUGGUGGCGGCUUACAGUCAAAAUAUGCAGUCAUCGAGCGAACGUUCAAAGAGAUAUACCCGGAUCAGGAAUGUGAAUUUUAUGAAUAUUAUGAAAUGGUUUAAAUUAUUCUGCAAAAAUAUGCGUUUGAAAAAUAUUGCUCAAUUCAAUUUUAAUGUUUAACCAACACAAGGUGCAGUUUUCAUUUCUAAUGGGUUGCGAAUAUAUCAGGGGCAAAAAAAUUAACCGCGAAGAAAUGAAUAAGAGUGGUGGCAUGAAUUCGUGAAUACAUGAAUGAGUGGAUAUUUGACUUUUUUGGACUUUCUUCUACGCAUUGUUAACUAUUAAUACAGAAUGUGAAUAACUAAAUCCAUAUUAUUGUCUUUUGGUGGCUUAAACUUGGGGCAAUUUUUCUUUGUGUUGGUAUAUUUUACUUGAUUUGCAUGCUGUUAUGGUCCGUAGAAGUGUCCGACCGAACUCGCGUUUUUGGCCGAAACCGAACCCGAACCGAACACUGGGCUUUUUUUCUUGAAGUUCGGCCGAAACUUUUUAGAGUAGAAAUUACAUAUGCAAUUAUAUAACGCAAAAUAAGUAAUUAAAAGCACUUCUGUUAUUUUAUUGUAAAUUAUCCGUUAUUGCUUCUCAAAAACUCGCAAUCAGUUUCACACGGCAACACUCGAUUAGUUUGACAGCACUUGCAACAGAAAUAAAAAUUGCUAGUGCAGCACGAGCACGUUGAAAUGUAUUUUCAAAAUCGUUUCUUGCAGUCACAUUUUGGAUUUUUUAUUUCUGAAACUGAUUUGCGAAAUGUGACAGAAAGUUCUUUCUGGCCGUUAACACGUGGAAAUAGACUUUCCUUUUCAAUUUGACAUCGAAUUACAAAGCAAUUAUGAAAAUUUAACUUGCCAAAAGUUUUAUCGGGGCUUUAAAACUUCGGGAAGGAAAUGAAAUUAAAAGAACGACAAGAAGUAAGAAAGUUGCCACUAAAAAGCAAUAAAAUCAAAUUACAGAAACGCUACUGCUGCACUUGAAUUAAAAAAAUUAAAAAGUUUAUAAUUUAUAAACAUUUUCUUUACAACUUUUCGGCCAAAUUACUCGGCCAAUGUUUCCGAAACCGAACCUGAAUUUCAUGAUCGAACUGUUCGGUAAUCGAACCCGAACCCGAACGCUCGGUCGGACACUAGUCCGUAGUAAUAAUUCAAUUAAAUUUGUCUCGCAUUGAAAAAUGUAAAUAAACGGCUUAUAAACAUACUAUUUUGCAACCAUUCUGUUGUAUGACGAAC